AUGAGUAAUAAUAAUAAUAAUAAUAAAGAAAUAGAAGAUAAAGAUAAUCAUCAUCAUCACGAGAAAUGUUUCAUAACUAAUAUCAACGAAAAGAGCUACUAUCGUAGACCAUUACCAGACACUUGUAUAGAUUUCUCAUCUGUAGAUGGUCAAUCAAUCUUUACUGAGAGUUUACUUGAAGGGUAUAUGAAAACUUAUUUUAUAUUGGCAUCACAAUUCUCUACACAGAAUGAACCUGCUUAUUGUGGAUUAUCUACACUUGCAAUGACUUUGAAUUCAUUGUCUGUUGAUCCUAAAAAGACGUGGCGUGGAGUAUGGAGAUGGUAUAGUGAAGAGUUGCUGGAUUGUUGUACGGAUUUGUCGAUUGUCAAGGAGAAGGGUAUAACGAUUGACGAGUUUCUGUGUCUGGCCAAUUGCAAUGGUGCCGUCACAGAGUGUCACUAUUACAAUGAGAGCAAUGUUGACGAAUUUAGAAACAAGGUGAUUCGAUCGUGCCAAAGCAAUGGUUCUGAAAUAUUGAUUGCAUCGUACAAUCGACAAGGACUAUCUCAAACUGGAACAGGUCAUUUCUCACCCAUCGCAGGUUACCACAAACAAAGAGAUUUGGUACUCAUCCUCGAUGUUGCUCGGUUCAAAUAUCCACCUCAUUGGGUUAAAACAGAGUUAUUAUUUGAAUCAAUGAAAUCAAUUGAUCCAGAUUCAAACAAAUCAAGAGGUUAUAUUUUAUUAAAAAAGAGUUUAAGUGCAAGUAGUAUAUUCAAGGUAACAGCAACUGGAGAGGUUGAUUGGAAGAGAAUGUUAAGUUCAUUGAUUCAUCAAUUUUAUAUUGAUGAGCGUGUUGACAAUGUUGAACAAGUAGUUGGAUCAAUGCUAGAUGGCAUUGGAAAGAUUUUAAAAUAUUUUGGUGUUUAUGAUCAAGUUAAUCAAGAUAUUGUACAUAUCAUUAAAGAGAUUCAUAAUACUAAAUUAUAUCGUUUAGUAUCAUCUUUAGAAAAUCAAUUUGAAAUCACUAAUAAUGAAAACAAUAAUAAUAAUAAUAAUAAUAAUAACAACAAAUAUCUUAUAGAAUUAAUUUGUAUUAUAAUCUUUUCAAUACCUGAUAGAAUGUUGGAUCAAAGUAAUGAUAAUAUUCCAGCAUCUGUAAAGUCUGAAUUUAUGACUAUUAAAAACGAACCAAUUUCACUGUUUAAUGACGAUCAAGAUGGUCGGUCUGGAUUGGUAUCAGAGAUUAAAUAUCUCUAUAAUAUAAUCUCGAGUUUAUCGACCUAUUGUAGUAAUGGUGAUAAAAAGUGUGGUCAAUCAACUUGUAAAGGGAAACCCAAUAGGGAUCAUGCUUUUAGUGAUGUCCUAUAA